AAGAUAAGAGCCUGCUGGGCUUAAAAGGAGCGUCACACUUCCAGUAGGACGCUCCUUUCUGCACAGUGGUCCAGCUCGCCAUCACGCAGUCACCAUGGCCUUCAACGGCACCUGGAAGGUUGAUCGCAGUGAAAACUAUGAGAAGUUCAUGGAACAGAUGGGAAUUAACAUGGUGAAGAGGAAGCUGGCCGCUCAUGACAACCUGAAGAUCACCAUCGAGCAGACUGGAGACAAGUUUCAUGUGAAGGAGAGCAGCACUUUCCGCAGCAUUGAAAUAAACUUCACCCUGGGGGUCACCCUCGAGUACAGCCUGGCAGACGGAACCGAGCUAUCAGGUGCCUGGAACCAGGAGGGCGACACACUAAAGGGGGUUUUCACAAGAAAGGACAACGGAAAACCGCUGACAACAAUCAGAAUCAUCCAAGGAGAUGAACUCGUUCAGAGUUACAGCUACGAAGGUGUGGAUGCAAAGAGGAUUUUCAAGAGAAGUUAGACCGAUUGGCUUUACUAAAUUAAAGUGAAUCAUGUUUUAUUUCAGAAUUUCAGUCAAAAGUUCCAGAUUUGUGAAGCAUUUUUAUCUCAAUUAAUAAAAUUGGAACAGCUUA